CGUUCUGCCUCAUUCACAUUCAUCGUCUAUUGGCCGUUUUGGGGAGCAGAUCUAGCCUUUUAUUCAUCCCGACGCUCCGGCCCAUGCGCACCUUCCUCUCCCUCCUCUCGUUUCGGAGCUACGCGCCGUGGUCUGCCACACGCGACUGGGAUGGAUCAGCACGGAGGAACCCUCACUCGCUCGGCAGUUCCGACAAUCUCUUAACGUCAUUUAAACCGGAGAUUUAAAUAGCUUUCCACAAGGCCAUACGGCUAUAUUCUUUAUUUUUCGCAUGGGCGCAAUUGUUUUUUAGAACAGAGAUGCAGUGACUCAGCCGUCAAACUUGAACGUGGUCCCGCCAAAUCCCGGCUCUAGAAGAUCUGGAGCUAGAAUGCUGGAUUUGAAGGCAAACAACGACUUUCAUGUUGCUUGGAGCGAUGAAUGCCGGGCUGUCUCCAGACAUGACACACCGCUUAGAGACAUCAGCAGUGUUUCAAUGUGUGUGUGCACAUCCUGCCCUCUGUGUCGGUGUGUUACCACUGAGCUGUGACCGCUAGUACUGGUGACGUGAUGGACAACAAACACUGCCUCCAAAGCUCAUCUGAGGCGGAUGGCUCCAAUCACAAUUCAGGAACCUCCCUAGUCAUCAAAUGGAUCUCACUGUCUCCACUGAGCUACCUGAGGGCCGGUAGCACAAAGCUCAAGGUGGUGAGCUUCCUGUUUGGCCUGACGUUGUCCUUCUUCAUCGUGGCUUCCUACAUCCUGACGUGGGACAAGACAGGAAUUCUGAUAACUCCGGCCCCCUCCCCGCUGAGGCCCUCCCUGGACAUGAGAUCCCUGUUGAGGAACAUCCUAUUCAAACUGGACUACACACCCAGGAGAGUCCCAGACGAGAGAGAGGUUAUUGGCUCCGACCCAGAGUUGUUUUCCGCGAUUCCUCAAUGGUUCCUUCCCCAAGUCAAGAACCCGUGCUGGCUGGCCGAGUAUUUGAGCGAGCCCGGCGUCGACCCGUAUUGGAGGAACCUGUUCACGCUGCGCUCUAAGAGCUUCAAAACAGUCUGUGACAACAUGAGGACUAGCUUCCAGGGACACCUGCACCACAGAGACGGCAAAGUGUACCGGCUGCGCUGCUUGCCGUACUUCUACAUCAUCGGUCAGCCGAAGUGUGGCACCACCGACUUGUUUCACAGACUGCGCCUGCACGGGGAGAUUAAGUUCACCACCAUGAAGGAGCCCCACUGGUGGACAAGGAAACGCUUCGGUUAUAUUCGUUUUAAAGAUGGCCUGAAGGCGCGUUUCCCUUUGGAAGAUUACCUGGACCUCUUUGACAUGGCAGCCCAUCGCAUCCAGGAACAUAUGCUCGCUAAUUCAUCCACUGAAAAUAGCGAAGUUCAAUUCAUUACAGGCGAGGCAAGUGCAUCCACAAUGUGGGAUAACCAAGUUUGGAGCUAUCUCCACGGAGACAAGGAGGAGGCAGAACCACUGUUACUGGCCCAAGACUUCAUCCACACGGUUCAGCCAAAUGCCAAAAUAAUCAUCAUGCUUAGAGAUCCAGUAGAGAGGCUAUACUCAGACUACCUGUACUUCAAAGUAGCAAACAAGUCCAUGGAGGACUUCCAUCAGAAGGUCAUCGACUCACUGCAGUUAUUUCAGGCCUGUCUAUUGAACAGCACUCUUCGGUACUGCGUCUACAACACCGACCUCUCCAACGCAAUGCGGUCAGUAAGGCUGAAUCUGGGUAUGUACGUUGUCUUCCUUCUGGAUUGGUUGACAGUUUUCCAAAAAGACCAGAUCCUAAUUCCAUUGGAGGAGUACGCAGCCAACCUUGGCGCGACGAUACAGAAAGUGUUUGAAUUUCUAAAUGUUGGUACGUAUGCAGUGGCUAAAGAUAAGAUAGAAGAUAUGAUCAUUCAUUGAUUUCCGAUGUCAUCACAGCAAAUUCAUAUUUUAAAGAAGGACAAACUGAAAAGGGACUUAAUCUCUCUCUUGUUCUCGUUCUCGUUCUCUCUC